AUGUUUUCUAUAAUGUCCUAUUCAGAUAUAUUACACAAUAAUCUUUCAUUAACUCUUGAAUCAAUCCUAUCAACAUGGAAUAAGACAGAUUUGUUUCUAUCAUCUGAAGAGAGUAUUAUUCUUUAUCGUCAUCCACUUUUAUACGGUGUAGCAAUUUAUGCUCUUCUACUUAUUAUUGUCGGAACCAUUGGAAAUGUUUUAACUAUUAUUAUUCUUAUUCGUCCUAAUUUACGACAACAUACAACAAUGCGUUAUUUUAUAGCAGUAGCAGUUGCUGAUCUUUGUUCAUUAUACUCUUGGAAUUUAAAUUUAUUCUAUAAACAUUUAAUUAAUCUCUAUCAAAAUGAUAUUGAAGAUGCAUCAAUUAUGUCUUGUCGUUUAGUAUCCUUUAUUGGAUUUGUUAGUUUACAAUUAUCAUCAUGGUAUUUAGCAUUAGUUAGUGUUGAUCGUUGUCUUAGUAUUUAUUUUCUAUUUUGGCGUCGACAAUUUGGUCGAGCUAGUCAUUCGAUUUAUAUUAUUCUCAGUAUAACAAUAAUAAUUAUUUUUCUCAAUAUACACUUACUUUUUUUUAAUGGUUAUAAACAAUCCGAUUGUAUUCCGUAUGGAAAACGUACUUGUUUUAAAUGUUAUGAACGUCUAAAUGAUAAAUAUUAUAUAUUUUCGAAAUGGGAAAUUGUGCAUGUUAUUUUUUAUAAUUUAAUCCCGUUGUCUGCCAUGCUUAUAUCCACUUUUUUUAUGAUUCGUCGUUCACGAUCAUCCAGAUAUAUGCACAGAAUCUUAUCAAUUGACGGCAGAAAAGAUUCACUAAAAAAUUGUGAUCGUCUCACUAAACAUAGACAAUUAACUCGUCUACUUCUAUCUCUAAUAUUUUUAUUUGCUUUCUUAACAACACCAGUUAUGAUUUAUAAUGUUUUUUUAAGAAACCACUUGACAGAUCGUAAACCAUUAAAAUAUAUUCUACAAGGAAUACUAUUAUGUAAACAAUUUACGCAUCAUGCAAUAAAUUUUUUUGUGUAUUGUUAUGGUGCAUCAAUGUUUCGUCGUGAACUUGAUGAAUUUUUUUUAAUUUGUAUAAGAAAAAAAAAUUAUAUUAUAACUCAAGCUAGAGCAUCUCAACAAACCUUUUAG